CAAACACGACAAACACGACAAACAAUGCAAAUCUAACACGUCGUGUGCUGGCGUGGCUUAUCAGUUGCCUCUAUAGUUAGCGACAUUUACACAAAACCACUACUCUUCCAUUGACCCCCCGCCUUCCGAUUCCUCGUCUUCUGAUUCCUCUUCCUCUGAUUCCUCUUCCUUUGAUUCCUCUUCCUCGCUCCAAUAAGCAUCCUCAUAAGCUUCGUCAUUGGAAUCCCACCCAGCAGAAGACGAGUCAUCGUCAUCGUGCGUAUCCUCGUCUCUGUUGUUGAUAUCUUCAGCAUUGUAAAAACACCAUGUUUCAUCCCCCAACAUGUGUGGGGACUGUGAAACGGUUUGAUUCCACCACUGGCAUCUCCAAUACGUUCCAAAGAGAGACUUGACCCCCAAGUGCCGGCCCCUCCCUUCCAGCCGAAACAUUUGUAAUUUGCUGGAGGGUCCUCUUUGCGCCACCAUGGGACUGUAAUUGAAACCGGCUCCUUCAAAGUUGGAUUCAUCCGUGGGACGACCUACGGCAAAAUCCACCACCAUCCCGAUGUGUUCUGCCAAUAGACCCGGAAUCGACGCCAGUGCUCCCGCCGCAUUUUGGCGGUGCUGAUCCCCGUACAUGAUGUUGGUGAGGUACAGAUCGGCUGUUCCUUCCACACGAAACGUCACGACACCCGGCAUGUCCGGAACGGAUUCAAUGUGGAAGGAUUGCCGGGAGCCGCCAUAGUUACAGGUGGUGGUGACUUGGGCGUUGUGCGAUUUCUCGGUCAAGGUGACCCAGCCGCCACGACCGCUGCUGCUUAUACAGACCGAUCGACCACACCAUGUCUCUGCGUUGGCAAUGAACCGAUCGUUGUCGCUAGUAGGGUCGCUCAUGGUUUCUUUUUGUGUGUUGUGAGGCUGAAGGCAACACCUCGAUCGCUUUCUACUAGCUAGCUUCCAGAACGCAAACGUGGCAACGUUGCCGAGCAAAAACAGCACGACUUCCUUGAGUCUUGGACCAAAAAGGUGGACUUCAUGCCACACGUGAUUUAUGCUGUGACUGAUGAGUGACUGGUACUGGUACCGGUAUCCAUGAUUUACCCUCCCCUCCUUGCGAAAGAUACUCCCACGCCUCGACACCAGUUGCUGGAUGAGGCUGUUACCUGUGAAUACCAGAGACCAUCCUUCGAGCAACGAAGAGAAGAGUGGCAGUCAUUGACUGUUGUGUUCCAAGCAUCCACUCAUCAGCUUUUCCACAAGAAGAAGAAAGACUUAUCAUCCGCCAUGGGAGCUUUGUUGAGCACCUGUACUUCGCUUGCGUCGUCCGUCCGAUCGUUUCUUUGCGAGAGCUACGGUUGGUUGAAAGGCUGCUUCCAGAUGACCACCACAACGAAAGAUGACGACGAAACGGUUCAAGAUCGAAGUCUGAACUGGAACGACCAAGAAAUUAUUUUGGGAGAUGUUUGGGAUGAAUCAUCCAAUAUUCAGAAAGCCUACGCCAAUGGCGAAACUCGGUCGAUACGGACCACGGGUGCUGCCGUGCAGACACUCCAGGUUACAUUUACCAACGAGUCUCCCACUCAGGAACUGAUCUUGUGUUGGGUUUCCAACGAGGGAGAACUCGUUCACUUCUAUCGCCUUGCACCGAAUGGAGGAAGUCACCUCGAGACGACUCGCUCGGGGGAUGCCUUUGCUUUGUUUCAGAAGAGUGCAAAAGCUGACGUCGAAGAGGGACAGCCACCAAUCUGCAAUCAAGAUACUGCCGUGGCUGCCUAUAGGCCAAAGGCUACACAAGCCUGUGAACAUCAUCUCGUUUCGAUUCGCAGUCAGGACGACACUGUCACUACUGGAAACCUGCGAGGAUCUACCAAGAAACAACGAAUUGGGUGGACACUCCAGGUCACACAGAAGAAGAAGCCACAACAAUCUGCCAAACCAGAGAUUAUUGAUACCCGACAAAAAAUUUACGAACGACGAAAGUACGGACUGUGGACCGUGUAUUGUGAACCGGGAUGUUGGGAUCCCAAAGAAGAAGAAAAAAAGAAUUCCGACGACGACUUUUAUCCCCAGACGCCUCAUGAAGCAUUUCAAGCCGAUUUGGAGGCACUCACCAAACGACUUCCAGAACAUGUGAGGGGAGUGCUCAGCGAUUCCACCGCUAUUUACAUGAACCAAUCUCAUCCCUAUGCCGAAAAGAUUGAUAAUCCCGUAGGGUGUUUCCACCCCGGCAAGUUGUGGUUGCAAGAACAUCAAAUGAACCCUGAUAAAUGCGGGCAAGUGGAAUUUUACAAUGUUCACAACUACUGCAAGCACCGACGACUGUGGGGUACAGGUGGUAUCAUCCUCCAUGAACUCUGCCAUGCCUAUCACAAUUUGCAUUUACCAGAUGGAUACAAGAAUCAAGACAUUUUGGAGUGCUAUGGCGCUGCCAUGAAAGAUGGAUUGUAUGAGUCGGUAGAGUAUCAUUGUGGUGUGGCUGGGUGUGAUGAAACAACAAGCAGCUUUGAGUACAAACGGAGAACAGCCAAACACUAUGCCUGUACAAACGCCAUGGAGUACUUUGCGGAGUUGUCAGUAGCUUUUCUGUCAUCCUUGGAGGAGGAAGAAGGCGCCGAUGAAAAAGAAGAAGAGGCGAAAUCAGACGGAGACGGUGGUGGUGAAGAAUACAACAAAUGGUUUCCACACAACACUACACAGUUGAAAGAGCAUGAUCCACGUGCCUACGAGAUGUUGCAAAAGCUGUGGGGUGUCACAAAAUAAAUAGGUAAUUUAGCGAUGGUUCUAUCGUCUUAUG